UAGUGACUCCGUCGCCGCAUCCUGUCUGGACACUCAACCUUCGUCCACGUUCUCUGUCACGCGCACCAACUCUUGAUAUGGCCCUACCAAAGCGAAUCAUAAAGGAAACUGAGCGACUUGUUGCAGACCCUGCCCCGGGCAUAUCGGCCGCUCCCCACGAGGACAAUUUGCGUUACUUUGAUGUUACUAUCGAAGGUCCUGAUGGCAGUCCGUUCCAAAACGGGGUAUUUAGGUUAGAAUUGUUCCUCCCGGAAGAAUAUCCGAUGGCUCCGCCUAAAGUUCGCUUCCUCACGAAGAUAUACCAUCCCAAUAUUGAUAAGCUUGGUCGGAUCUGUCUGGACAUUCUGAAAGACAAGUGGUCACCUGCAUUACAAAUUCGGACGGUACUACUCUCCAUACAAGCACUCCUGAGCGCCCCGAACCCUGAUGAUCCGCUUGCAACGGACGUGGCGAAGCAUUAUAAGGAGAAUGAGAAGGACGCGCAGCGGGUGAGCCGAGAGUGGACAGAAAAGUACGCAUCCAAGUAGCAAGCAGACUGUAUGGAUCCGGUGUAUGUAAGUUAGAGGGAGGCUGUGAGGAUUUACGAGAGAUGUGCAUUCCCGUGUUAAUCUCAUGUAAUGCAUAUGGAGCUACGAGGAACGAGUGGAAUCCGUCGGGCAUGCCAGUCUACGAGGGGAAUGCCGACCUAUGGUUUGUCUCCUUUCGUGCUUGCCAAUACACUUGUGGUCUGUUGCAAAAGAGUCGUUAAUAGCCGCCUCGCCUCGCCUGGCUGUUUCUCAGAUUAGCACUGCAUGGCUUUCAUUGUGUGGUAAGUGUUUGACGUCAAUCGAUUCUAGAACGAGUCUAGA